AUGGCCGUGGGAGCUUUCCUGGAGCCGUUGGUGGUCGUGACCCUCCUCUUUGGCGGAACAUGGAUCAAUCGCGAAAGAGAUGUUGCGCGCUCAUAUUCACGAACUAGCAGCCUCUCCAACAGUCCCCGCGAGAGCCCGCUCUCAGAUGAAGAGUCAGGGCCACCGCAGCCACGUCUACACACGACCGACGUCAAAUCCCCUUGUUUGACUGGGGGGCAACCCCGUUCGCAGUCGCCCUCGCUACUUGCAGGCCAUGAACAGUGUUGGAGGCAACGGACCAUUGGCCUUUUCUCCUGGAGAAAGGAGGUAAUCACGCCGAAUACCGCAGUAUUUAGAAAUCGUCUGUUGAGCAGACUGCUUCAUAAUUUUCCGUUCCUGGUAGAAUGCUGGUACUGGGCUCUGGUAUAUUGGAUAUAUCAGCUGGGGCGGGCUUUUACGGCGGUUACGCUCCAGGAGGGCACAGUGGAUGUUGCCAGGCGGCACGCUCUUCAGAUCAUUGAAUUGGAAGAAAAUCUACACAUCUUCUGGGAGAUUGGGAUACAGAAAUACUUUCUGGAACGGCCUUUGUUAUUGACAUGGAUCAAUUGGACAUACUCGUUCAUCCAUAUCCCCGGCACAAUCGCGUUUCUCGUCUGGCUCUAUUACUAUAAUAUCACCAGCAAUCGCUGCCAGGAACGGCGGAUGUGUGGUCCGGACAGCAAUACGGGCGGGUCGCCUGCUGGUCCGGGGCUUUAUCAGGCCCGACGGCGGACCAUGGCUGUCUGUAAUCUGCUCGCCUUUGUGGUCUUCACGCUUUGGCCUUGCAUGCCGCCUCGCCUUCUGAGCGACGAAUCACUGGAUGGCCCGAUUGGCGAAAUUGCUCGAAGUUACGGAUUUGUGGACACCGUGCAUGGAGCUGGCGGCGCACGCAGUGUGUGGACGCAGAACAAGUUCUGCAACCAGUAUGUCAGCAAAUUCCUCCCCGAAGCCAAACUCCACUUGCCGUCAUGGCGCCGACUAGCUUGCCUUGUCGUUGGAUUCGCGUAUCCGUUCACAAUCUUGGUCGCAAUUGUAGCCACCGCAAACCAUUUCAUCCUUGAUGCCGUGGCAGGUGCAAUUGUUUGCGGUGUCGGCUGGUGGGGUAACUCCAUUCUCCUGAACUUGCUUCCCCUCGAAGAUUAUUUCCUCUGGGCAUUGCGGAUUCACAAGCCGGAGCACCGCACUCUCGAUGUGAAGAGAGCGUUGUAUGGCGAUGUUGGCCACAACGCUGUAACAGUGGGAGUAGUUACUCAGUGA